AGAGAAGAAGAGGAGGAAGAAGAAGAACACAGACGUCAGAGGGCUACAGAAGAGGAAGAAGAGGAAGAAGAGAGAGUGAGAGAGAGAGAGAGAGAGGUUCACUUCACUCCGGGGCAGGAAUCAGAAGGUCCGGGCGGCGGCUCUCCCUUCUAUUUCGCACAGUGAGUGGGGCGGGCAGCAGCACCAGGGAUGGCGGAGGCUCACUCAGCGGUGGCAUUCUCCUUUGCCAUCACCCACGAGGGCGUGCAUGUCAACUAUGACCGGGAGGUUCUGCAUGUCAUCUUCUACUCUGGCCUUCGCUCAUGGCGCCGAAACCUCCGCCGCUUUGUGAACAAUGUGCGGUGUGGUGUCUUCCCCGCCUCCCUCACCUCAAUGGCCCUCACAGUGGGAGGCUACAAUGCUCUCUACCUCACCCGGGACACUUAUGCCUCUGGAUAUGACAUCUCCCUGGGUCUGGUUGAUCGCCUCAGACCAUUCAUCAAAUUGGAAGAGCAAGCUCAGACUGUGGCCUGCUGCUCCAUUAUUGCAUGCGGCUGCUGGAUUGGUGCUUCAAUGCUCAUGAAGUACACUCUCAGAUUUCUCUACAUGUACAAAGGGUGGAUGUAUGAGUCCCGUGGCAAGGGCGGCAGCAUGAGCUUCCUCACCAAGCUCUGGAUCGUGACGGUCAAACUGCUCACCAGGUUCUCUCGGCCCAUGUUGUAUUCCUACCAGGGUGCCCUGCCCCGCCUCCCCCUGCCGGCCCUCAGCCAGACCAUGUCCAGGUACCUGCGCAGUGUGAGGCCUCUGAUGGAUGACGAGAACUACUCCCGCACGGAGGGCUUGGUCAAGAACUUCCAGAAUGGUAUUGGCAAAAAGCUGCAGAGGUACUUAUUGCUGAAGUCUUGGUGGUCUACCAAUUAUGUUACGGAUUGGUGGGAAGAGUUUGUGUACCUGCGAGGAAGAUCUCCCCUCAUGGUCAAUUCCAACUUUUAUGGAACAGACGCCAUUCUGUUGCACCCCACACACCUCCAGGCAGCUCGGGCAGGGAAUGUGACACACGCUGCCUUCCUCUUCCGUCGCCUCGUGGACAACCAAACACUGGAGCCGAUAAUGGCUCAAGCCUUGGUGCCACUGUGUUCCUACCAGUACGAGCGCACCUUCAACACCAUUCGCAUCCCAGGCAUGCAGACAGACAAAAUUGUUCACUUCAGCGACUCUACACACAUUGUGGUGUACAAUGCUGGCCGCUACUUCAAGAUGCCCUGCUACUACAAGGGCAAGCUGCUCAACCCCAAGGAACUCCAAAUGCAGUUCGAAAGGAUCCUUGCAGAUGAAAGUGUUCCGGAGAAGGGCGAGGCCACUCUUGGGGCGCUGACGGCCGGAGAGCGCACACCAUGGGCCGAGGCGCGCACCAAAUUCUUCAACAAAGGCAUCAACUUUGCCUCUCUGAAGGACAUUGAAAAGGCUGCCUUUGUGGUUGUGCUGGAGGAUGACGAGUAUGAUUAUGACCCCGAGGAUCCCACACAGCUGGACCGCUUUGGCCGUGCUAUGCUGCAUGGCAAGGGUUAUGACCGCUGGUAUGACAAGUCUUUCAACGUGAUUGUCAUGAAGAAUGGACGGAUUGGUUUUAAUGCAGAACACAGCUGGGCUGAUGCCCCCAUCAUGGGCCACAUGUGGGAGUACAUUAUUGGCGAGGAUGUCUUUGAGUUUGGAUACGAUGACGAGGGUAACUGUGUGGGCAAAGUGACCUGCAACCCACCUGUACCAACUCGCCUCAAGUGGGACUUUAGUCAGGAGUGCCUGCAAGCCAUCGAUACCUCCUUCAGGGUUGCCGAUGCCCUUUUGAACGACGUGGACCUGCGUCUGCUGAUGCACACAGCAUAUGGCAAGGGCUUCAUGAAGGGAUGCCGCCUCUCUCCUGAUGCUUACACCCAGAUGGCUCUCCAGCUGGCCUACUACAGGGAUGCAGGCAAGUUUAACCUGACGUAUGAAGCCAGUAUGACGCGCCUCUUCCGUGACGGUCGAACGGAGACUGUGCGGCCGUGCACUAUUGAGUCCUCUGCCUGGGUGAAGGCCAUGGAGGACAAGAAUGUCUCGAAUGCCAAGCGUGUGGAGCUGCUGAAGAUGGCCUGUGACCAGCACCAGCUAGGCUACCGUGAUGCGAUGUGUGGCAAGGGUAUUGACCGUCACCUCUUCUGUUUGUAUGUCGUCUCCAAGUACCUGGAAGUGGACAGUCCUUUCCUUAACGAGGUGCUGUCUGAGCCCUGGCGCCUUAGCACUUCGCAGACGCCUCAUGGCCAGACCAGCAAGAUGGACCUUUCCAAGAAUCCUAAGUGCAUCAGUGCCGGUGGAGGCUUUGGACCUGUGGCUGACGAUGGUUAUGGAGUGUCCUACAUCAUUGCCGGGGAGGAGACUAUCUUCUUCCAUGUGUCCAGCAAAAAGAGCUCCUCCGUCACAGAUUCUAAGAGGUUUGCACGUCAGAUAGAGAAGGCGCUCAGUGACAUGAAGAAUCUCUAUGCUGGACUGGCCAAGAAAUAAUGACAACACAGUUAGGCUUUUUAUGGACUUGGAUGUAGGAGGGUCCAUUGCUGCGUGAUCUUGGAAGUCCUUCAACUCUCAAGGUUUGGCUGACAGGAACAGGAGAAACACUGACAGUGUAAAUGUGACAUGUUUCUGGUUGUGUAGGGAGGAUCAAGUCCCCUUUUUAUGACUUUUAAUGCAUUAUGUUUACAGUUUUAAUUUUUUUAUUUUAAUUUUUACUUCCAUCUGAUUGAUUUUAUCAUUUCUCGUUGGUAAAAUACUGGAGGGAAGAUAAAUUUUAAAGGCUAAUACACACUACUAAGAAUUUCAGGCAAAUGUUUUGGCUGUACAGGAUGGUGGUUUUUGUUUGACAGAUUUAAAUAUACAAUCAUUGAGUUCCCUUCCCUUGUGAGCAGUAACACACUAGUUGGUGGCUCACACUGCAUGCUUCUUCUCUUUGCCUGUGUCUGUCAUGCUACAGUGAGAUGAGAUUACUUGUAGUUGUAAUGAAAUAGUUUUGUUUUUACUUGUGCACUUUGGUACACUUUCAUAUCAAAUCAAAACCUUACCUGCACAUACAAACAUGCACAGGAGACACACGUACAUUCCUACACACAAGACAUCAAGCACACGGUCCAUUGCCAUGUGUCAGCAAGGCAAGUGUAGUGAAGUGUUAAAGGAGUCAUGGGUAUAUAUAUGUAUAGAUAAUUAUGUAUAAAGAUUCAGAUGUUUAUUAUCCUUGUUUUAUCAAUGUUGCUUAAUUUUAGUCUGGACACAUAGAUUAGGUACAGAGAAGAUGGAUGAUGUAGGUUGCAUUUGCUGGAUGUUUUCAUCAUCAUUUUGGGAGCCAGUAUUAUGGACUUACUCAUUAAUUCUUUGGAAAUAUCUUAAUUUUUUUUUAAAUUAUGGUUUGGGGUUUAAGUAUUUUAUUAAUUAGAUGUGGGGAAUCUAGAUUAACAUUUCUUGAAUUUAAAAAAAGUACAACUAAUGUUGCAGGACAUUUUGUUUUAAGGAAACAUGUCCUUGCACUGCCAUUGUUUUGUUACAAAUAUGGUAGCUUUCACAUGGCUCAGUGUUAUAACCUGUUUGUUCUUGUUGAUGUAGGUAACUUUACACUCCUGAGAGCAGCAUCUGUUGGUGUUCAGAGGUUCACAGGUAGGUAUGUCAGGGUAUGAGGGAGUGUGGGGGGAGCUCUAGGCCCACACUCAUGGUUCACUUUCCACAUGAAGAAUGGAGGAUGGAGUUGAUAUAAAAUUAACCCGUUAGCUACGGCGAUCAUGUUUCUUAAAAGACCCCUCUAAGCGAAUUAAUGAGAAAAAAAUCAUCACUCACAAAAACUAAUAUAUGUAUCAAUGCAUUUGUGAUCAAAUGCAUAUAUAUAUAUAUAUAUAUAUAUAUAUAUAUAUAUAUAUAUAUAUAUAUAUAUAUAUAUAUAUAUAUAUAUAUAUAUAUAUAUAUAUAUAUAUAUAUAUAUAUAUAUAUUGGGGGGGUUAUGUCAUGGCAAGAAUUUGGCCCGUCGCUGGUACGCGGUAAAGCCACAUAUUUGGCCCGUCACAGCUACCGGGCUAAGAAAUGCAAAUUGUAGACUUAAACACAUAUUAAGGUGUGGAAUUUUGAUAAAAAAGGAAUGCACUGAACUAAUCCAGUUACAUAUUAAGCUUCAUAAGUAUGAUGUUGCUGUAUAGUAAAUCUAUUUUCACCAGCAGUAUGAGUAAAUUCACCAAAUCUUUUCAUUUGAUUGCACUUCAGAUGUGGAAACACAAAUAAUCAAUGUUGUCAAUGAUAAAGGUGAUGGCUAUUUCACAAAUAAGGUAAUGGGUAUUGAAAACUACAAACAAAAUGGUAAAAUCUUUUAAGGAAAUUAUGAUGUUGAAGGUGCAGAUGUAAGCAGUUCAUACCUACUGUCAGUUUGUUGUUAUGGAUCAUCCAUGAGCUGUGUGCAUUCUGGCCAUCCAAAGGGAAGUAGAUUCAUCCCUCCUUCCUCAUGUGGGCCCAAGAUUAGAUCUGAUGAUUUCUGUCUUCAUUAGUUUGUUAACAUUGAGACAGCUGUUUUUUUAUCUUGCAGGAUCUUAUAAUGAGGUAGUGAAUUAUUUUUAUGCUCAGUUAUUAUUUAUGAAACUUCUUGCCAUUCAUUCAUUCAGGAACUAAGGAGAGUCAUGUAAGAAUGGUGAAUUUCUGGCACCGACAAUUCUACGCUUUAUUCAAAUGAAUGUGGAGAAAAUAUGAAACCCUUUAAUGACAAGAAAAUUAAGUUAAAUAACAGAUCUCCUCCUUGCAUGAUUCCUUGUGGUAGAUGGUGAGGGUGGUGGUGAGUAUCAUGCCUUGUCUUGCCACCGCUCCAGCAUCUAGAUUUGUUGUGACAGCAUUGUGUUGUGUCCUAGACCCAUGUGAUGGAUCCUGUUUGUGGCUUUCCUUCUGGACCUCCUUGUGACAAUCAAAUCAUGAGGUGUUGAGCCUUGAGGAGGUGUGUAAGGUGUCACUGCUCAAAUCCUUGGGAGUCCUUGGGUGCAGAAUGUCUGACUUUACUUGCACCUGUGUUCACAGAAGAUUAGAGACACCGUCUAGGGCAGCUGGAGUGCUUUUUAGCUUACUGGAGGUCAUAGCCAAGUCUAGGAGGCAGUGAAGCAUUGUUUUGGAUCAAUUAGUUUUAUAUUUAUCAAUCGAAUGUGUACUUAGCUAAGGUUUUAAUGGCCAGUUGGUUGCUAAUUUUGCCAGAGUGGGUACAUCAUCUGAGGCAGUUGCAUUUAGUAAGGUUGAACCAGAUCCUUGUAUAAUUUAUUGUCAUUUACUAAACUGAUUUAUCUGAGCUUUUAACUAAAUCGAGAAAAGUCCAUGGCACAUCAUGUUUUUGUUCAUCAUUAGGGUGUGUAGGGAGACAAGUUCAGAAGUAAAAAUCCGAGCCAAACCCUAACGCUGAACGUGGUCAGUCCUACAUGCUUUGGCAAGUGUACAAUUGUGACAUUCAUCCUGCCCAUCUUGUGACAAGUGGUUCCAUGCCAUCUUUCAUGCAUACUUUUAUUUUAUUUUUAGUAGAAGAAAUUUUAUUAUAUUUUUGUUAUAGUUACUACAGAAACUUAAAACUUUAUGAACCCAGUUCAGGUAUUCUCACCAGGUGCCUCAAUAUCAAUGCAAUUAUUCCUUAAUGAACAAUGCAAUCUUGUGUAGUACUGCUCUUCUUGUAGCAAUGUGUUCAUAGUGUUUUAGAAGUAGUGUUCUAGACAUAAUAAUAAAUUAAUAAAAUGCAUAUAAUUUUAUACUUUCUCCUCUUGUUUCAUAUGAUUUUUGUAAGUAUUCCAUCUUUUUUGCUCUUAAUACUGGCAGGAUUGAAGAAAAUGCUAACAAAAAUAUUCAAGGAGGGCAGGAGUAUGUGUGAGAUUGCCAGUAAAUUGGAAGCUGUUUGAAUUGAUUAAGUCUGAUGCCAACUACCACAUGAGCGUGUCAUCCUAGAAGGUGUUCACCCAAUUAACAAGUUUAAGGAAGUAGCCUGUGUAGGUGGAAAGUCUGAAGCAGCAACAACAGACUGGUAAUGGCAACUCGCAUCUAUAAGCCAUUGUGUAGUUUGGAUCAUUUAAUUUUUUCCCCGUUCAGAUAAUUUCCUACAGACUUGUGUUCAUAAAUUUGCUGCAUCUUGUCCUGUUUUAAGGUAUUCAGUGGCACCCACCAGAAGGUAACUUGCCUUGUUUUAUACCCAUUUACAUGUGUUCAUUUCUUGUUGUAUAAUUGUGUAACAUACUCUCAUGUUAUCUUUUUUCGUAUGUAAAGUUUUCAGUCUUCCUUCAUUGAUAAAAGAUCUUAAAAUGGGCCACCUUGUAUCAAGCCUCUGUAGUCUGUAUGUAUCUUUUCAAUCUUCUUUUAAGGUGUCUUUGAAAGUAGGCUCUAAACAUUGGCUUGAUGUUCUAAUGUUACAUUUACAAUAUUAAUUUAUUAUUAGGCGGUGGCCGAAGUGGUAACGUACUGGGCCCACAUUCGCCGCGUGAUGGACGACGCGGGUUCGAAUCCUCACGCUACCACUUGGAUUUUUCAGUCACCGCCGAGUGGCUUAAAACUACCCACAUGCUGUCCUGAAGACCACCCAUCAACCCAGACUCUAGAGGAAGCCGUCCAAGCGAAUCAAGUACGAGUUCCGGGGGGCAGCAUGAGCCAAUGCAAGAUGGCGCCACUAUAAACACUCGCCUGCGCCAGAACGGGCUGGGCCGACCAUCAGGCCCCACCUGGAAGAAGCCUUGGGCCGACCAUCAGGCCCCACCAGGAAGAUGCCUACCGGCGCAACAGGCAGCGACGUAAAAAAAAUAAAUAAAUAAAUAAAUAAAUAAAUAAAUAAAUCCGUUCUAACAUAUCUAUACAUGACAAAGCUUAGUGUUAGCAUUUUAUUAUUUUUAUGAGCUGGUGAUGUGUCUGUUGAUGACUCACUCCAAGUUUGUUUCUCCAGAUACAUGUGUGUUUGUUUUCCAGCGGUUAUGUCACAUUUUUUCUGUGCUGAAUUCCAUCUACCAUUUAUACUUCAAAUUACUAUUUAAAAAUAUCAAUUUUUUUGUGUGAA